UCUUACCGCCAGUCAGAGCGUCUGUUUUUAUCCGCGGUGUCGCGCUGCAGGUUGUCAGGGGAAGUGGUGGGCGUUCCUCCGUGUUCGUUAGCUGGCUGUUGAUGCUGCGAAGAUUAUUUUCCGCCACGACAAGUUCUCCCGAUGUUUCUUCCUACGCUUGUGGAGGACAUGCAUCAUUUUAAACCAAGUCGAGACAGAUUGUACACCACUAGGUGCUGUGGAUGUUGCCAUGUCCGGACGGGGACCAUCAUCCUGGGAACAUGGUACAUGGUAGUCAAUCUGUUGAUGGGCAUCCUGCUGACUGUAGCUGUGACCCACCCAGAGAACGUGCCCACUAUUGACUUGCAGUAUGAGGUCAUCGACCAUUACUUUGCCUCUGACAGGAUGUCUGAGAAUGCCUGUGUUGGAUUUGCCAUCUCUCUGCUGAUGCUCACUAUCAGUGCCAUGAUGGUGUAUGGAGCCAUUACUCAUCGUGACGGCUGGCUCAUCCCGUUUUUCUGCUACCAGCUGUUUGACUUUGCACUGAGCUGCCUGGUGGCCAUCAGUUCUCUCACCUACCUACCCAGGAUCAAGGACUACCUGGACCAGCUGCCGGAUUUCCCGUACAAGGACAACCUUCUCUCUCUGGACUCCAGCUGCCUGCUGCUCUUUGUGCUGGUCUUCUUCGCCUUCCUCAUCAUCCUCAAGUCUUACCUGAUCAACUGUGUGUGGAACUGCUACAAGUACAUCAACAACAGGAACAUGCCAGAGAUUGCUGUCUACCCGGCCUUUGAGACCCCUCCCCAGUACAUCCUGCCCACUUAUGAGAUGGCAAUGAAGAUGCCAGAGAAGGAGCCACCUCCCCCUUACAUGCCCGCUUAAGCACCAGCCCUGUUGCCAAAACACACACACACACACACACACACAUAUACACCCACACACCACCAUAUGCAUUCCUACCUUCCCUCACUAACCCUUUCUGAACGCCCCUGACCUACUUGUGUAUGUGUAAGGCCACUGAUAAUGUUUUGUUUAUCCCUACCCUCUGUAUUUCUACAGAGCAUCUGUAAAGCAUCAUGGAGGUGUGAGAGGAGAAAGGUGGGGAAAGACUGAAAUCUGUGUGAAAUGAAUGAAUGAAUGGGAUGUUUGAAAAGCAAUGGAAGCUUCCAGCCCACCCUCCCACCCCUUCUGCCCUUUUUUAUGUCUUAGUAAAAGGAAUACAUGUGAAAAUGUAAUUGCUUGAAAUGCUAUCAUCAAUCCAGCACUAUCCUAUCUAUAGAUUGAUAUAUGAAGUGUAAAAAAAAAAAAACUAUUAUGACAAUCUACUUAUUAUAGCUAUUAUUGUUGAAUUGUGUUACUUUCCCCCCAACUUAUUAUGUCUAGACUAGUCCAUCUCAGUCAUGAAUGGAUUCUGUAGCACUUUUCCGUCUGUUAUUUAUUUAGCUUUGCUGUGGUUCAGUUCACCGCCACCCUUGACGUUUUCAUCACUCUGUGCUGCCCUGGUGUGUUAGCAAAGCUAGUGAAUCGUUUCCCAGCUGAGACUGAGAGACAGAUGAUGGAUCAUUUUCUCUGCUUCUCUCUCACCUGACAUCUGGAGCAAACCGCUAGUCUUGUGAACAUUAGUAGUUGCAUGCUUAUCACCAGCCUCCCCAUUACUUUACUGGUAAUAUGAUUUAAUCCUAGUGGAUAUACUUUUGACUUCAAUAAACGUUUCAGAACAUUUUA